AUGAGCAUAUAAUCCAUAUUGACACCGUAAACAAAACAAAUUAAGUAAUAAUAAGAGGAUUGUAAGUAAAGGGAGAAAGAAAAUAAAACAUUAAAUGUUAAGUUCAAACUUUCAGAUUUAUUACCGAAUGAUCAAAACAUUACUUUAUAAGAAAUUUAAAAUGAUAUCUAGCAGAUAAAAAAUAGAUACAUGAAAUAGAUUGUAAAUUGA